AUGUUCCCAUUGUACACUUUGAGAUGCAUCUUCCCUCCUUUUUGCCUGGCUGGUUGGGCUUCACAACAUCACUCAAAGGAGCCUUUGAUGCCCGAGAAGGACUUCCCGGGCGCUGAGGAGGUUUUCCCUUUGAGCUCGGUGGAAUUCCACGGCUUGAAGGCCCCAGUGCCAAGGGAGCCUGGAGACUUUUUGGCGCGCUUGUAUGGGCCAGACUGGCGCAGCACCACGCGGGUUUGGAGCCACGACUUCAACCCCUUCCACAGCUUGGCUCAUGAUCCGGACCGCAUAACCAUUUCCUUGGAGAGCUACAUGCAACAGGUUGCGGAUGCUGGAUAUGAGCUCCCCUGCCUCCUAGAUGAGGAUGUGACAGAGGCGUUGAGGAAGCUGAAAGAUGGUGAUGUUCUGAUAAUGUUGAAGAUGGAGCGGGAGGAGACGUGGCUUGAGAAAGUGCAGAGGCGGAAUCGUGAGCAUGCUGAAGCUCGCAGUCGCCUGAAGAUGAGUUGA